AUGCCUCCCUCCGGUGCCGCGGUUAAGAAGCAGAAGCAGAAGCAGACACUGACAUUGGCACAACUUGCCUCCUACGACGAUUUUCUCACGGAUGCGUUGGUUGACCAUGCCUUCUACUGGACUACGAUCCCCAAGAACCGGAACUCGUACCACCCUUCCCGAGGUGUGCGCGAAGAGGACAUUACCCAGAUCAUCCAGAGCGAGAUUGCCGUUAACAAGGACCUCGAUUCCGCCGAGCGCAAACUACUAUCUACAGAUGGCUUCCGCAAGUUCUUCGCCGCCCUCAAGACGGACAAGGCGAAGGAAGACUUCAAGCGCCAUAUGCGCCGCUACACCCAGGUCUACCUUCCUGACUGCCCCUUCGAGGUCAAUUCCACGAACCGCUACACGAUUGUGUCCCACGAGGCUGCCAUCACUGCCCGACGCUUUAUCCGAAGGAACGAGACGAUCAAGUACUUGGCCGGAACCCAGGUCAACAUCUCCCCCGAAGAGGAGCGGGAAAUGACGGCCCGUAAAAAGGACUUCAGCAUCAUUAUAUCCGCGAGGAACAAAUGCGCCAGCCUGUUCAUGGGCCCGGCCCGGUUUGCGAACCAUGAUUGCGGGGCCAAUGCGAAGCUCAUGACGACAUCUUCGGCUACGAUCGAAAUCAUUGCUACGAGGAACAUCGAUGUUGGGGAGGAGAUUACCGUCACAUAUGCAGAGAACUACUUUGGGGAAGACAACUGCGAAUGUCUCUGUAGGACAUGCGAGAAUCGGUGUAUCAACGGUUGGGCGCCGACGGAAGGAGAAAUCGGGGUCAAGAAAAGCAUCGAAGACUCCGUCAUGGACGGGUAUUCUUUGCGCCGGCGCAGGAGGGAUGAAGAGAGUGCUGCCCCUUCAUCCCGGACACCUUCCGUCACACCGGACAUACGGCCUCGGGUAUCCAAGUCUCGACUGAGGGCUAGUAAGCCUGGCCGUGACUCGCUGGCAGUUGACUCGGCCAUGUCCGAGUUUUUAUCGCCGGAUCAGAAGCGCUCUUUUGACUCUCUCGUUACGCCCCCCAUCACGCCUUCAAAGAGGCGAAAAGUUUCAGCAACACAAGCAGUCACGGUUCCUCCAGAAGAAGCCCUUGUCAGCUCGAGAGACGGCUCCUCGUCCUCUGGCUCGGUGCGCAGCAUGUCGUUGACGAGCGGUGCCAACGAAGAUGGCUCGGUGACGGACAUCACUGAGCCUGAGAAGGACACCCCGGAACCGACCCAGGCUCAAAAGAAGACGGAGCUUGUCAAGAAGGAGGAAAGCGAAGAGUCCACGGAGGAAGUUCUAGCCAAGGCGGAGCCGUUUUCCGUGCAACGGCAGGUCCAGAUCGAUACGACAGGUGCGACGUCUGCUGAAACAUCCCCUCCGAUUCGAACCGCAUCUGUCAUGGCAUCAAGGUCGAUCCCCAUUUCCUCCCUGUGCAAUCCGCCAUCUCCGCCCUCGAAAAACCAUAGGGGUGGCAUCUCGGGGUGGACUGCCAUAGCGUACUCAACGAGCAUUACCGCCGCGACGAGACAGGGUCGUAUGAGCAUUGCAGCCGCCGUGAGCGAGAACGCCGACGCGAGACCGACGGCCAUGUUAGAUGCAGGCGCAACGACGAUUUCAGGCAGAAGCGGUUUGGUGUCGAUGCAGGUUGGCAGGAUGCUCUCAGCAACGGAGCCGCUCGAGUACCCCCAACAAGAGUGCAUAUCGCAAACGUCAAAGGUUGAGGCCGUGCUGUCAACUGAACAAGACAUACCGGGCAACCGCAGCUCCGACAGUGUGCAGACGUUGAAGGUCGAGGCAGUUGAGUCGAUGGAGAAUCCUGCGCCGGUCACUGAUAAAAUCCAAGUCUGUGCGAAGGUCAAUGAGACGGUGAAAGAAGAGGAGGCUGCCGGCCAUUCGCCGCCGCCGCCACCACCACCACAGCAACAGGCGGAAGCGUCAGGUCUGAGGAAGAAGCGCAAGUAUCAACGACGCACCUUCAUCAAGGAGACGACACCUCCCGCAAAGACCCGAACGCCCGGCGAUUAUACUCUAACGCCGUUACUGCUCUCUGAGCCGCAGACGGCAUGGGUUCGUUGCAUGAACUGUGAGACGGCCUUCGUGCAGCAGAAUGCAUACUACACCAAGAGUUCGUGCCCGCGCUGUGAGCGACACUCGAAGCUCUACGGCUACAUCUGGCCUAAGACGGAGAGGGCUGGGCCUCGCGACAAAGAGGAGCGCAUCCUCGACCACCGCAUCAUCCAUCGGUUCCUGGGACGAGACGACGAGGCGCGCAUCCGCGGUCGGAAGAGACCUACCGGAGGACUAUCCGAGGCGCUCGAGGACGACAGGAGCGGAAACAGGCACCGCGGAGCUGCGGACCAAGAUGCCGGGGAAGGGGAAGACAGCGCCGGGUUGAGACGGAGCGGUCGGAUGCGAAAAAUUAGCCUCAAAGUGGCGUGCCCGUGA